AUGCAAUAAUCAUAAUUACACAAACAUAUAGAUGAUGGUUUACUUUAGUAAGAAUUACAAAAUGGAUAUUCUUAAGAUGAAAUAUUGAAUGCAUGGUAUGCUUCAUCUGGAAAUAGAUCUCUUUUUUAAUAGCUUUUAUAAGGAAUGAAAAAUUAAUCAUUUAUAAUUAGUCCAAUUACUCAAUAAUUUAAUGAUGAUAUCUAAGUAGCUAUGGAAGCAUCAUUAACAUUACAUUAAUAAAAUAUUCCAGAAGGUAAAAUUAGGAUAGAUAAAAUACCAUGUGGAUUAUUAAAUGUAGGGAAUACAUGUUAUUUUAAUUCUCUUCUUUAAACUUAUUAUUUUAUUUCAGAUUUUGUGUCUCCCAUAAUUAAAUGUAAAUUUGAUCAUAUAAAUCUUCAAAAUAUUGUUGAUAAGAGAGUAGUUAAUUCAAUCUAACUUCUUAAAAACUUAUAAAAUCUUUUUGUACUUAUGAUUGGAAGUGAUAGGUAAUUUGUUGAUCCAAAAUAAGUUAUACUUUCAAUAUAUGAUGAUUUUGGUAAAGCUUUACCUAUAGGAGAUUAAAAAGAUGUUGGUGAAUUUAAUAAUUAUUUUUUAUCAAGAAUUGAUGAAGGUAUCACUUAUUUAACUUAAUCAUAAUAAAAAGGUUAGUAAUAAUAAUUUUAAUAAAAUUAUCCUGGAUAAUCUGUUAUUUAAAAUCCAACUAAUUAUUCACAUUAAUAGAAUAAAAGUUUUAUUUCAUAAAAAUCAUUAUUAUUUAGAAAAUCAUCAGUUAUUGCAGAAAAUUCUGUUAUGUAUAAAUUGUUUUAUGGCAAAUUUACACCUUAAAUUAUAAUAUAAGGUUAGGGAAGUAAAGAUUGUUAACAAGAAAUAUUUAAUUAUAUUCAAAUAGAUGUGAAUAGUAAAUCUUUAAUAGAAGGAUUAGAAAAAUAAUUGAAUUAAGUUGUGGAAUACAAAAAUGAUAUUGAUGGAUAUUCAGAAGCAAUCAAAUAGUUUUGGAUAUCAUAAGCUCCUCAAGUCCUUACUUUUUAGAUAUAAAGAGUAGAAUUUAAUAAAUAAUUUUGUAAUUUCUUUAUAUAAUUAAUUAGGUUCUUUUGCUAAAAAUAACUCUCCUUUUUUAUUUGAUAAAGAAAUAUAUAUAGAUCGUUUUCUAUUAUCUAAUCAAAAAAUUGCAAGAGAUAUACAAACAUAGAAUUAAUAAAUGAAUGAUAGAUUAAAGAAAAUUGAUGAAGAAUUAGAAAUGUUAAAUUAAUUUAAUGGAAAUGUUUAAAUUAUUUAAAAUUUAGAAAAUACAUUAUAAUUUUUGAAAUUAUAAACCCCAAAUGAAAAAUAAAAUCCAUUUUAUGUAAACAACAAUGACAAUUAAGCAGUUAUUAAUUCAAUUUCUUAAUAUCAUUAAUAUUUUAUUAAAAAAAGAGACUCAUUAUUAAAAGAGAAAAAAGAAACAGAAUUAAAAAUUUCUUAAAGUUAUAAUAACUUAAAAAAGUAGAAAUACAUUUUAUAAUCCAUUUUAAUGCAUGAAGGUAGUCCUAAUGCUGGUCAUUAUUUUGUAUACAUUUAUAACAUUGAUGAUCAAAAAUGGUAUGUAUUUAAUGACACUCUUGUUCAAGAAGAGACAGAAGAAAAUGUACUAAAAUAUGCUUUUGGUGAUUAAACAAAUUCUAAAAGUGCUUAUUUAAUUUAAUAUGUCAAAGAAGAUAAAGUUAAAUAAACUUAAAACUAAAAUAAGAAGUAAAAGCUAUUUAGUACAAGUAAUGAUACAAAUAAUUAUUUAAAUGAUGUAUAUGGAUCAUUAUUAUCAUAAUAAUAGAGAGAUUUUCUAUAUUAAGAUAAUCAAAAGUUAAAAAAAGAAAUUAUUUAAUAGUAAUUAGUUACCUAAAUAGAAAUAAUUGUUUCAAUAUAUCAUUAAUAUUUAGAGAUUGCUAAUGAAAAAUAAAUAAAAUAUUAAUAAAAAUAAUAUAAGUUAUUGUAAUACAAACCACCUUUAAUUGAAAAUUUUGCUAUGUAUUUGAAAAUGAAACCUGAUGAGAAAAUGUUCAGAUGGGUAAUAUUAGAUUAUGCAAUUAAAAAAAUGAUGCCUACGACCGAUGGAUUAUUUGGUAAACCUCAUUUUGAUGAGAAUUUAAAGAUAUAAAUAUUAGCUGAAGUUAACAAAUACGUAUAUAAUAAACCAAUAUAACCAAUUCCUUAAAAUUAAGAAUAUUAAUAAUUAUUAGAUGAAUACAAAAAUGUUCUUAAAUUAUAGAGUAUGAUUGCUUAUGUCUUGGAAUAAUACAAUAAUAAUAAUUUAAAAGAAACUGUAAUUGCUUUACAUUUUUAUAUGAAAUUAGCAAAACUCACCAAUUAAUAAUCCUUUUUUUAUAAUUUAGCCUUAUAAUUGAAACCUCUAGUUUUAUUAGGAAUCAUUUGUAAAAUAUUUUAUCAGAAAAAUAUUGGUGAUUAAGAUAUACUAGUUUUUAAACUAAUAAUAGCAUUUUAGAUGUAGGAACACUUUCUAUAUAAAGAUUUACCAUUAUGGAGUAAGCAAUUAUAGAAUUUAAUUGGUGUUGCUCUUUUAACUUAAGGUUAAAAUGAAAAACUGUCAUAAGAUGUACUUAAACCUUUAAUUCAAAAUAAGAAAGACUUUGAUAUGUGCUCUUAAUUAGAUACAUCUUUUCAAGUAAAAUACUAUAUUAUUCUAGAAAAUUGAUUAAUAUUACUAAUCCAUCUAGUCUAUAUAUUUAAACAAAUAAUUUGAAAGUGAUCUAGAUGACUACCUAUAAGAUAAUUCAAUGAAUUCUUUAUAGACCUUUUUAUAAAUAAAAGUAAACUCUUAUAUUUAUCUAUUAGUGUAUUUUGAUUUUAUUUGAUAAAAUAUAGAAAUCCAAUUCAAUUUUGGAUAAAAAAGAUAUUAUUAAAAUAAUCGAAGAAAACCCUCAAAAUAAAUGA